AAGCGCUUGGUCAGUGAAGGUGCCGUUAAGGAUGGCGCCAAUGCUUGCACGUAAUGAUCGGGGUAGGCUCUAGGUAGGUCAAUUAGCAUCGACCGGUUUCUUCUUCACUGCUCAGUGCUCAUCCCAAUUCACUCCUUCUUCGCCAUCAUCAUACUUUUCACGAAUUCAGAGACGCGCCUGUUUGGAAAGCUUAGCAUUCAUAGGUUUGUCGACAAGAGAGACAGAAAUGGCAGGACUACCCUUGAGCAUCGCUGCUCCAGCAGCGGCGGCAGCAUCCAUUGCAUACCUCCGAGCAAAGACCAGUUGGCCCAGCGACUACGCCCUGCUGAAGGCCACACUAGUCGGUGCACUCUACGUCCGAAGCUGUGUCAAGAACGACCGCGUCAAUCUCUUCUACGAACUCGAGAAACACGCCCUGAAUCCAAAGACACGCGACCACUCAUUCCUCGCCAUCCCGCCACACGUCCCCAAGGACAUCGCAACACCAGCCGAUCUGAAGGGUCUACAAGCAGCAGAAUUGAGUUAUGCAAAGGUCUAUGAGACGGUUCUGAAGUUCGCCGCAUGGCUGAAGCAAGAGCAUGGUGUCAAGAAGGGCGAUAUGGUCGCCAUUGACUUUACCAACAAGCCCGAAUUCGUCUAUCUCUGGUUUGCCUUGUUCUCAUUGGGCGCAAAGGCUGCUUUCAUCAACACCAAUCUGAGGGGCAAGGCAUUGCUGCAUUGUGUCAAGGCUUGCGAGGCCAGGCUGCUGGUCGUGGAUCCUGCUAUCGAGGACGCCUUGACCGCCGAAGUCACACAAGAGCUUCAGGGCUCGGUGAAGACAGUCGUGUUGGAUGCCGUCGUUGAGACCAGAAUUGUUGCGACCACGGGCUUGAGAGUGCCUGAUGAAGAGCGCGGAGGCAACCAGAUGACCGACACGGCCGUCCUCAUCUUCACCUCUGGAACCACUGGACUGCCCAAGCCUGCCGUUGUGCCCUGGAAGAAGUUCUUGCUGUCUGGAAAGACUGUGAGCACCUGGCUUGGUAUCAAGUCGACAGACCGUUACUACACUGCAAUGCCUCUCUACCACAGUUCAGCAACCAUUCUCAACAUCUCAGUCGUCCUCCAUGCAGGUGCAACAACAAUUCUCUCUCACCACUUCUCCCCAAAGACUUUCUUCGCCUCCGCCACUGCCUCGAGAGCAACAAUGAUGCAGUAUAUCGGUGAAAUGUGCCGAUACCUCCUCAGCACUCCUCCCUCACCCUUCGACAAGGCUCACAAGAUCCGCCUGGCCUUUGGCAAUGGACUGCGCCCAGACGUCUGGCAAAACUUCAAGGAACGCUUCAACAUCCUCGAGAUUGCAGAGUUCUACUCGGCCACUGAAGCCGUGGGUGGCACUUUUGUCAAGAGCAAGAACAACUUCGGUCUCGGCGCUGUGGGCAGAGCAGGAACAGCAAUCACACUCCUCAUGGGCUCCCAAACCGCAAUCGUAAAACACGACGUCGAAACCGGGGAACCCUACCGCAACGCUACUGGCCUCUGCGAAAGAGUAGGCCCCGAAGAAGCAGGCGAAUACAUCAACGCACUCGACCCCAACAACAUCCGCGACAAAUACGUAGGCUACUACGGCAACCAAAAAGCCUCGGAUUCGAAGAUCCUGCGUGAUGUGUUCAAGAAGGGAGAUGCGUGGUAUCGCUCCGGCGACCUUUUACGCAAAGACUCCCACGGAAGACUGUUCUUCGUCGACAGAAUCGGAGACACCUAUCGCUGGAAGUCUGAAAACGUGUCUACUAAUGAAGUAGCCGAAGCCCUCUCCACUUCUCCUCACAUCGAGGAAAUCAACGUCUACGGUGUUGCUCUGCCCAACCAUGACGGCCGCGCUGGCUGUGCAGCCAUUAUGCUGAAAUCCCCUCCUACUUCUCAAACCAUGAAGGAGAUUGCAGCCCACGCACGGGAAAAGAUGCCCAAGUUUGCGAUUCCCCUGUUUUUGAGGGUGGUUAGGGAGUUUGAGGUUACGGGCACGGCAAAGUAUACCAAACAUGGAUUGAGAGAGCAAGGUGUCGAUCCUGGGAAGACGGGAGAGGAUGGCAUCUUCUGGUUACCUGUAGGCGCGGACAAGUACGAGGAGUUUGGAAAGAGGGAUUGGGAUGGUGUUGUGGGCGGUGGAGUUAAGCUUUGAGCAAACGUCUUUUAUGUCGUGUGCUGAUUCAAGCUGUGUAUCUGUACUAUUACACUUGAUGUCUUUUUCCCUGGCGUCGUUUCCUCUUCAACCCAAAGACCCCCAAAGAACUUCCCUUUUUUCCAAAACACCUCAUUUCUUUAGCAAAAGAUCUUUGAGAGAGCAGCAGCAGCAGCAUCUUCAUCCAAUCCUUGCUUCAUCAUCUCUGUAUGCUGCAACACAGCAUCUGCAAAAAGCACUUCUUGGCUUGUCCCCUCGGUACCCAUAAACAUAUCCCCGACUUCCAGCCUACUCACCUUUUCCAUUGUUCUUGCCGUCCAGACUUGUUCAAAGGAUCCCUUCGUGGGGAAGAGUUUUCCUGGAGCAUUUCCAUGAAACGAGUGUGUGUAUGUUAAUUGGUUGGGUAGAAUAGUGGUGGUGUUUGCAGAGUCCGAAUGAUGCGCGCGUCUAGAGAGAACCACCACUUUCACUUUCG